AUGUCACUGAAGCAGAGGGUCAUUGGUCACCUCGCCGCAGGAGGUGAUGUUGCAAUUUCAGUUCUCACCGCCAUUAAUGCUGCCAUCAGGGCUCCUUUACAAUUUUCCACUGGUGCCACACCCCUGAUCCUCAGCGAGAUCAAUUGUAUUCAAAUUGAAAUUGAUCGAUUGCGCGGAAAGAUGGAAAGACAGUCAGGCACACACAGCCCCCCUCCCCACAUGAAGAACCCCAGCAAGAUUGAUGAUUUAAGGAAAGAUUUUAGCAUGGCCUUGGCAUCCUUCAAGGUAUUCGUGUUUGAUCCUCAUUGGUCAUGUUGCUGCUCUGAUCUCAUUAUUGUAACCCACUGUGGGAAGUAA